UGGGGAUUAUACAGCGGUUCGGUGGAGGUGGUUUUUCGUUAAGUGCUGGAGGUCUGGCUGUCAGCUCGAUGACCGCGCUGUGGAGGUUUGGCUGAGGAGCUGUGCGCAGCAUGGGCACCGGGGAUUACAUCUGCGUAACACUGCGUGGGGGUGCACCCUGGGGAUUCACCCUGAGAGAAGGAGAGGGUGACACCUACAGACCUUUCCUAAUUUCCCAGGUAGAAGAAGGUGGCCGUGCCUUCCUGGCUGGAGUGCAGGAAGGCGAUGAGGUGGUGUCACUCAAUGGAGAGCCAUGUGCUGAUCUCACCCUUUUACGAGCCUUUGCCCUCAUCGACACAUCGAUCGACUGCCUGCAGCUGCUCCUCAAAAGACACUGCUCCAUUCCCCCUGAAGACUAUGAAUCAGAAGAGGCAUACUGUGGUGAGAGGUAUUCCUCUGGCGAUGCUUUAGAGAGCACCACCCUCCACAUAUUCUCCCCAAAGCACAGGUCCCUAAGCCCCAGGGAACUCUACAUAUCCGACUCCCAGAAUGAGGCCUACUAUGCGGAGUUGGACAGUGACAGACAGUUUCCCAAGAGACCCCAACUGCUUUCGACCCAGCUACAUGCUCCCUCAUCUGAUGAUCACAGAGCCCGGGAGUCUGUUUUUAAGGAAAAAGAAGUACGGCGGUGCUUCCCCCCUGGGGACAUGGUCGAGCUCCAGGUGUCCCUGUCUGAGCAAACGUUGGACGAGGUGGGCUGCACAUCUCUUGGGAGUGCUCGUGGGGUUGAGGGGGAACUCUUAAACAGAGAGUCUGUUGAGACUGUCCAUACCACCACCAUAUCUCACUGUGUACCAUGCUCUGUCAGAGAGCCGCUCAGCCAGCAUGGGGUGGUGCUCAGCUCCCCUUCAAUGCUGGGGCAGGUGGAGGUAAUUUUGCAGCAGCCAUCAGCUUCAGGAGCAGGGAGGGGCAUCUUGAGUGUGGGUGGCCCCAGGGUCAGUGGAAGUGUUGGAUCCCAAAGUGAAGGAGAAGAAGGAGGAGGGCACUGCGAGGGAGUUCCUGGGUCUUUUACAGUCUCAUUUGGAAUUCCCUCAGAGGAGGCGACACCAGGAGAAGAUCAGGAAUCUGAUUCAGAGGGGGAUCAAGACAAACCUAACAAGCAUCGGGCAAAGCACGCCAGACUCAGGCGUAGCGAGAGUCUCUCCGAGAAGCAGGUGAAGGAGGCCAAGUCCAAAUGUAAACGUAUUGCUCUCCUCCUCACGGCUGCUCCGCCCAACCCCAACAACAAGGGGGUGUUGAUGUUUAAGAAACAUCGGCAGAGGGCCAAGAAAUACACACUUGUGAGCUACGGCACAGGAGAAGACGAACCAGAGUACAGCGACGAAGAGGACGAGGAAAACGACGACGACAAACAAGAAACCCACACUGUUGAAUUUACCCUUGUGGCUCCUAGCGAUUCUGAAAUAGAUAAGCAUUUCUUCACUAAUGCCCAUAGUAGCAAAGGUGUGCUGACUAUCAACUGGGACAAGGGUCUCCUUGAGAUUGAGAGGAACCUGAACAACCAAGCUGAGAUGGAGUGUUUGCCUGAAACUAAGGGCAAGGGUGCCCUAAUGUUUGCCCAACGGCGUCAGAGGAUGGAUGAGAUUGCUGCUGAACAUGAGGAGCUUAGGCGCCAGGGGAUUCCUGUGGAGGCAGUGCAGGAGAAUGAAAAGAAGCACUCCUACCUGCAGUCCACAACAGAGGGCCAGGCUUACAUGGAUGUAAAUAUACACCAGCAAAGCCAACAGCAAUACCAGCAAUACCAAGAACAGCAGUACUAUGAGCAACAACAGAGUUAUCAACAGCAACAACAGAGCUACCAACAACAGCAACAGCAGACCUACCAACAGCAAGAACAAACCUACCAACAGCAGCAGCAGCAGCAAUACCAACAGCAGUAUCAGCAACAGCAGUAUGAACAGCAGCAUUAUCAACAACAGCAAAUGUAUCAGCAGCAGCAGCAUGAAUAUAAUCAAGAGCAACAGCAAAUACAGCAAUAUUCUACAAACUUUAAUGGCACAGUCCAACAUGAAACCAAUGAAAUGCAGAGUUCUUUCAGCAAUCGCACAGCAAAGCCUUUCUCAGUUGAAAGCAUGGCGGCAACCCAUUAUUCUCCUGCAAUGAGUGGGACCAAUCAAGAUUCUGCAGGCCAAGGAGAGCAAAUAGCUUCUCGUGAUGAGCGCAUCUCUACCCCUGCAAUUAAGUCUGGCCUUUUGACUGAUGCAAGGAGAAGAAAUGUAGGCAAGCCCAUGUUUACGUUUAAGGAAGCACCCAAAGUAUCACCUAAUCCAGCAUUACUGAACCUCCUCAACAGGAGUGAUAAGAAGUUGGGUUUUGAGUCAGGACCUGAGGAAGACUACCUUAGCCUUGGGGCUGAGGCUUGUAAUUUCCUCCAGUCUCCAAGAGUUAAACAUAAGACUCCUCCACCAGUGGCUCCAAAGCCUGUGAUCAACCCCAGCUCUCCUCCUUGGUCCCCACAGAUAGAAAUGACCAACCAGGACACGGCUCAGCAUGCUGAAAAUAGUGUGUCCACACCUGCUGUAGCCCCCACCGAAGAAACUACCCCUGCUCCAGAACUAGAGCCAACCUCUGCACCUGCUCCUGAGCCCUCUCCCCCUCCUGCCCCCCAGGAGGCUCCUGCCAGCACUACCACAGAGGAGCAGCACACAUGGACUCUCCAAGAGCCUGAAUCUCAACAACAGCCUCAACAAAUGACGGCUCAGGAAGAAAAUGGUCCUAUGAAUUCUACCCUGCAGCCUGAGCCUGCUCCUGUGCCCGUGACUACCUGGGCUCCAGCCCAAUCACAAUCACAACAGCAAUCUUCCAAUUCCUGGCAUCCAGCUCAAGUGCAACCCCAGGAACCACCUCCAAGUCAGUCCCCACCACAGCCACCUUGGGUGACACGUCAAACUACUCAGACCCAAGCACAGCCUCAACCCCCCACAAAUACUUGGACCCCUCAAAUUCAGCCAUCCUGGAGUCAGCCUCAAGAGCAAGGACAAACCCAGACACAUGCUCAGCCUCCCUGGGCCCAGCCUCUAGAGCAGCCACAGGCUCAGCCACCCUGGACACACUCUCAUGAGCAGCCACACCCGCAGCAAAUGCAACCAACUUGGGGUCAAUCUCAAGAACCAAUGCAGCAGCAGCCCCAGGCUCCAUGGGCACAGCCAUCACAAACAGACAGUCAGCCUCAACCACCAUGGGUGCAACAACCCCAACAAAAACCCCAAGCACAACCUCCCUGGGCUCAGCAGGUUCAGCCAGAAUCCCAGCCACAGCCGCCAUGGGUUCACCAGCCACAGCAACAGGCUCCACAACAAGCAUGGCCACAGGCCCAAGCAUCAAGUCAGCCUCAACCACCUUGGGUAUCAGGUCAGCCUCAACAGCAGCAGCAACCUUCAAUUAAUGCAUGGGCUCCAUCACAAGCUCAAGCCCAAGCUCAGCCACCUUGGAUGCAAACAGCCCAACCACAACCUGAAGCGCAACCUCAAGCCAAUUUGAAUCCAUGGGCACCAGUACCUACCCAGACACAGUCCCCACCAUCAUGGGCCCAGCAACCUCCAGAACAUGGUCAGCAUGCCAUGAAUUCUUGGGCGCAAGAGCAAAAUCAGGCCCAACAUCAACCACCUUGGGCUCAACCAGUUCCACCCCAGUCCACACCGCAACCAAACUGGCAACCAUCCACUUCAAAGACUCCACCACAGCCACCAAUGAGUACUGCCUGGGCUCCAGCUCAGACACAGCCUCAGACACCUGUGAAUGUUUGGACACCAGAGUCACAGCAAACACCUGUAAAUGUUUCCACAUCAAUGGUUAACAAUCGUCCUUCUCCAAAACCUUGGCAUCCAUCACAAAAUAUCCCACAAAUCCGCACUCCACCAUCUCCACCACAGCGAAUGCACUCUUUUAACAUUGGUCAAAGAGCUUCACCACCCAUCAACCCAAUGGCCACUGUCUUAAACCCAUCAUCUGUAGGUUCAUCUUUUGAAAUGCCAGCUGUCAAAGGGAAAGGAGCUGAUAUGUUCGCCAAGAGGCAGUCUCGUAUGGAGAAGUUUGUUGUGGACUCUGAGACUGUGCAAGCAAACAAGGCAAGCCGGUCAACAUCGCCAGCUGCUUCUUUACCAACUGAGUGGAAAUAUACUCCCAAUGCACUUGGCAGGAGCUACUCGCUUUCCCCACCAGCCAGAGUGCCAUCCACAGGCCAGAAGUCAGCUUCGACUUCUUCCUCCUCCAAGCCUCCGACUCGGGCCUCCACAACUCCCCCAGCGAGGCAGACGUCCCGGUUGGAGAAGGGCCACAAACCCCCUUCGCCCUGGGAGGCUGCCUCCCGGCAUCCCCUGGGCCUGGUGGAUGAAGCCUUUGCUUUCCAGAAUCUCCACCAAACCCUCGCCUCAAACAUCCGCUUGGCAGCCCAGCGCAAAAUGCUGCCUGAGCCACCAGUAGAGUGGAAGGCCAGGGUGUCUUACCAAGCACCACAGAAAGCAGGCAGCCAGACUUGGAGCCAGAGCCAAAGCCGCAGCCAGAGCCGAGCUCCCCUGCCAUCAUUUGUGUCACCAACAAAGAGUGCUGUCUCCCCUACCACUGGUCAUGCUGGUUACAGGUCCCUGCCCAGGCAGUGGCAGCCUCAGAGGUUUGUGACGGAUGCAAACCUGGGGUACUCUGUGUCUCCCUCUGAGUAUAAGAGGCCCUUGGGAAAGCAAACUUACAAGUCUGUGUACACCAGCAACACUUGGAGUUGGAGACGAUAGGAUACAACUAAACCUUUGUCAGCAUAACACAUUUGAGUAUAGCUACAGCUACUACAUUUAAAAAAAAAAAAAAGUUUUCUACUUUAAUUUCUUUAAAUCUUUAGUAUAAAAUCGUUUAGAUGAAAUAUUUGCAUGAGAUAAUCAAAUGUGAAGAGAGAUGAUUACUCUUACAAUGUAUGGAGACUUCAAAAAUGAUUUUCAGUAACAUUUAAGUGACAGCUAUCUAGCUUGGUGAAUACACUGAAGUGGGCCUGAGUAUGUUGUUAGGAAUGAAUAUACUGAGUGUAAAUGAACAUGUUGUGCUGAAAAAGUGGAAGGUUUUAAGUGAUGAUAUAGAAACAGUAUAUCUGGAUAUGAUGGUGACAGCUGACCGUUCAGUUAACCUUUCAAAAUAUACAAAAUACUGUAAGUAAUUAUGGUGUCCUCAGAAAGCAGAUAUGAGAGGAUGCUAAGAGUGAAAGAAAAACGGUGACCCACCCAUCAUAUAGUAAAUUGCAAGCAAAGAUUGUUUCUUUAAUUGUUUUGAGCUUGUGGAUUUGCUGUCAAUCAUGGUUUCAUUUUUUGCUGUGGAUGUAUGUAUUUAGCAUGCUGAUUCUUGCAGUGAAUAUGCACCUUUUUUCUUUUUUGUUUUGCUAUGUUUGUUUGAUUUUCAGUCCAUGAAACUUGACGAUGGGCUCAUGUGUGGUGUUUUCAGAGCAAGAAAUAAUUUCACAGUCAGAACGCAAUUAGUGACGCAUUAGGAGUGAGGCUUAAAACUUGGGGAAAGGUUAGUGCUAUAACUCAGCAUGUUGUGGGCGGACAUGUUGUUAUGUAAGCUCUAAUAAGUGAGAUUAAUUCACUUAUUUACCUGGUGCAUUUUAAUUAGUGCAUUAGCAUGUGGCCACUAACUACUCGGAGAAAGGGGGAGAGGGGGAAGAUGAGAAGCCCAAAAUGGCUGUUUCUGUUUCCAACACUUUAUUAGUUGGCCACCUGGAAAGACAAGUGAAUUGUUCCAUUGCAGCCCACUGUAUAUAAGAAAAAUGAGAUGUGGUAAGUAGAAGGACAGUUGCAUUUUAGUUGGGAGUGAAAGUAGAAUAAAGGAACAUUGAUGAAUCCUAAUUAGAAGAUUUUGUUUUAGUUUAUGAGAACUGCUUAGUAUGUAAUGGGUUUGUGGCUUAUGUUUGGUUUGGCCUUUUGCAAUAGACUUGCAAUCAUCUCUAUAAAUUAAAACUAGGUUGGUGUUUCCACAGUGUGUACAUAAUGUCCUAAUGUGAUUCUCGCCAAGCAAUCUCAUGAACAUAAAUAAGAUUUAUCACACAGCAUUGUGCUGUUUCUCAACUGACGCACUGAGCAUCCUGACAUGCUGUAGUGUAUUUGUGAUCCUUUCACUGUAUUGCUUCCAUUCAAACAGCGCUUAUUAUGGUUAUAGUACAAUACCAGUUAUCAAUAUCUGUUCAAACCUAAUUCAGAUAUAGAUUCACAUGAAGCAUUUUUCAAAAAUAAAUGCAGCAGAAUAGCACUAUUUCACAA